UCCAGCCGCCUCGGUAUUCGACAAGGAGAAGUUAUUGUAUAUAACAAAACAAAUCGAGAAACUUCCGUUGAUAUAAAACAAUCUGUACGCGGCAAGCACGUUUUCAUACUUCAAAGCGGGUCGAAGAACGUGAACAAUGAUGUGAUGGAGCUUUUGAUCCUCAUAUACGCAUGCAAGACAUCAAUGUCGAAAACGAUCACAGUGAUAAUGCCGUAUCUACCGUACUCUAAGCAAUGUCGAAUGUUGAGACGAUCGUCAAUACCAAUGAAACUUAUUGCCGAAAUGAUUUGCAGAGCUGGCGCUUCUCGCUUGGUGUCGUUGGAUCUGUACAAGAAGGAAAUUCAGGGAUUUUUCUCCAUUCCUGUGGACAAUCUCCGAGCUUCUCCCUUCCUGCUCCAGUACAUCAAAGAAUAUAUUCCCGACUAUAAAAACGCCAUAAUCGUCGCAAAAUCACCGGGAGUCAUGAACAAAGCCACUUCAUAUGCUGAUCGUCUUCGCUUAGGUGUGGCAGUAAUCCAUGGUGAACAGAAGGAUUCUGAAGAAUCUGGACUUGAGGACGGUAGACAAAGUCCUCCACCCAAC